AUGGAUAAAUAUAUAACAAAACGUAAUGCUCCGUCUACUUCUGAUGAACCAGCGAAAAAAAAAUUCAGGCCAUAUAACAAUGAGUAUUUGAAAUAUGGGUUUAUUUCACUUGAUAAUAGCCCGCAAUGUGUUGUUUGCUUUCAAGUUCUAUCUCAAGAAAGUAUGAAACCUUCAAAAUUAAUUCGACAACUGGAAACAAAUCACCCACUGUUAGUAAAAAAACCAAUUGAUUUUUUUGAGCGUAAAUCCCUUUUUUUAAAAAAUCAACAAACGUGUAUUCUUAAAUCAAGUCAGAAUAACACCGCAAUACUUGAAGUAUCAUAUUUAGUAGCACUUAGAGUAGCUAGGGAAUCAAAGCCGCACACGAUUGCUGAGAACUUCAUUCUACCCGCUGCUAUUGAUAUGGUCAAUAUUAUGAUAGGUGCAAAAGAAGCAAACAAAUUAAAAACUAUUCCACUUUCAAAUGAUACAAUAUCAAGACGAAUUAAUGAAAUGUCAACUGAUGUGCUCAAUCAAAUAGUACAAAAUCUAAAAUCAAGUGAGUAUUUUUCUAUUCAGUUUGACGAAUCAACAGACGUAACAAACUUGGCACAAUUUUUAUGUUUUGUUCGCUACGAAUGUGACGGGACAAUUAAAGAAAAUAUACUUUUUUGCAAAUCAAUACCAGGUCAUGCUACUGGACAAGGUCUUUUUGAAUUAUUUAUUGAAACAACAAAAAAUGAAAAUUUGGACUGGAACAAAUGUAUUUCAGUGUGUUCUGAUGGCGCAAGAGCAAUAAUAGGGAAAAAUAGUGGUUUAAUAGCAUGCACUUGCCGCAAAAAAAAUGCUAGAUAA